UGACGGAUCCCGGCACAGUCUCGCGCCUGUCCUAAUUUUUUCCCGGAUUUUACCCGCAUCCCUCUCCACAGCACGCGCUCUUCCGGAGGAUGGUACGCUCCGUAUGAACGAGGUUUCCGCGCUUUGGGCGAUUGGUCCAAGUCAGACAAAACCAACAACCCCUGGAUUAGGAAUCUGAGGCGAGGCGGAGUCUGUGAUCGAGAAUAUUGCAGUUUUAAAACAAACAUUAAAAAUGCAACGAGUAGCCAUAUUCCUUAUUUUUUAAGAUCCGAAGCUUUGUCUUUUUCUUAUUAAUGGUUAAUAGAACAUAAGUUCCUGCAUACGAAUUGUGGUUCCCUUUGUUUCAAGCUCUGGGCUUCUGGAGCUUGUGCAGACGAUCGGGCGCAUUGUGCCAAACGGAUGACGGCGCUGUAGGGUGGUGAGCGGGUAUUGCUGAUAGAUAUGAGGCAAUCAUAUUCAACGGUGCGGUUCGGACGCUGGAUGACUGAAGCGCGUUAUGGACAUUGGGACUGCUUAGAUGCUGAGUCUUAGGAAAGUUUGAAGUGCCAUGGAGUAAACAAGCCAGCCGGUUAGGACCAGUGCCCCGUGAGCGCGGUGUUUACAGGCACCUCCCUUCCCAAGCUGUCUGCCUUUUCAUUGGUUCAUCACCGUUCUUGACGCCCCGCCUCUCAUCGAGCGCCAUGUUCCAGUCAAUGUGGAGGCCCUCCGAUUAAGUCUUCUGCUGGGACCCGCGAGGGGAUGUUCGAAUCCACAAUGGGUCAUGGAGAACCUGAGGAGCUGGACCUGCAGACAGAAGAAAAUGCAUCUGAACCUCACUGUCUAAACCCAUAAUAUUGUCCACCCCUGUGGAUGGGUCAGCUGGUGCCCCGACUGGUGUGUGCGGCUUCCUAAGUUGGCCCCCGCAGCCAUCAUGGAGUCUACCAUAACGCUAGCCUUCAAGCUGGCCCCUCCUGCCCGCGAUGGCAGCCCCGAGCGCCUCCACAGCUGUGAGGAGAGGAUGGAGCGCCGUUAUGAGAUCGUCCCCUCCGUUGUCUGCUCUAUGUGCUGCCUCUUUGGCAUCAUCUACUGCUUUUUUGGAUACCGCUGUUUCAAGGCGGUGAUGUUCCUCACGGGCCUGAUGUUCGGCUCCAUCGUCAUCUUCAUGCUGUGCUACAAGGAGCGGGUGCUGGACACGCAGCUGAGCGCGGAGGCGAGCGCGGGCAUCGGCCUGGGCAUCGGCGUGCUCUGCGGCCUGGUCACCAUGCUGGUGCGCAGCGUCGGCCUCUUCAUGGUGGGUCUGCUGCUGGGGCUGCUGGUGGCGGUGGCCGCGCUGCUGACCAUGGAGGAGUUCUACCACCCGCGCACGGUCUGGGUGCCGCUGGCCGUGCUCCUGGGCUCCGGCAUGCUCUUCGCCGUGCUGACGCUGCAGUGGCAGCGCGGCUUCACCACGCUCUCCACGGCGGUGUUCGGCGCCGCCGUCAUCACCGUCACCGUCGACUACUUCGCCGAGCUGUUCGUGCUGGUGCGCCAUGUCUACGAGCGCAUCAAAGUGGCACCGCCGCGGCCCGUGUGCUGGUUCACCUGGGCGGUGCUGGGCGUGUGGCCUGUGCUCACUGUGCUGGGGGUGCUAGUCCAGUGGAGGGUCACGGCUGAGGGUUACUCUCACACCGAGGUGAUUAUCAGCCGCCAGCAGCGCCGCGUCCAGCUGAUGCGGAUUCGUCAGAAGGAGGAACGCAGGGAGGGCAGGAAGAGGAAGAAGAAGAAACAGGCGCAGCACUCGCAGCAUGCACACCCGUCCAAGCCUCUGUACCCCGAGCCCCCCUACCGCAGGAAGCCCAACCCCAUCCGCCGCUUCGACGGGGACGUCCUCUCUCCGAGCUACAUCCAGAGUUUCCGGGACAGACAGGUAGACAUACGGGAAUAUCCCCAAGGCAGACUGAUCAGCGGGGCUCACACAAGCGUGGACAUGGACUACGAGUGCGGCUCCACUGUGCCCCUCACUGCUGCGACCGGCCCCGCCAUGAGGGUGUAACAUCGCCAUCUGCUGGACUGGACCGGUCUCGUCUCAUGGCUGUCACUGUCCCAACAGAAUAGCUGAAGUGACCACUGCAGAGUGCCCUGUUUCCCAGUUUUUCAAUCACCCAGGCUCCCCCAGUUUCCAGCAUCCUCCAUGCUGAUUGGCCGGCAGAGCCCUACCUAAGAAGGAUCCAUAUUGGUUUGUUACAACUUAUUACAUCACAUUUUAGCAGUUUCCUGAACCCAUCGUCCUUGUUCUGGGUGCCUGGUUGAUCGUAUUGAGAGGGUCCGGGUGUUCGGGAAUCGCUUGGCUGCCUUCAGCUGCAGAGAUACUUGCGAUGAUCCCUGUAUUUCUCACUUUAAGGUGCCACGCCCCCCAGUGGCCACUAGGUGGUGUAAACUGAAGAAGAGUCACUUGCAGUGCUGAACACCGGCCUUCGCCGUCACUGGGCGUGGUCAGUUUCCACUGCGCAGCCCGGGUGCUUCCUGAGAUGUGAACCAGGGACUGAACACCCCUGCGCUUAUUUGCUCAGGAUUCGCCUUAAUCCAAGACACUUUACACGCAAUGUUCUGAUGGCUUUCCACGCUCACAGGUUUAUCCUUUUGCAACGGCCACUGGGACCGUCCAGAAGUGCCUCACCUGUGUUCAGGUGAGCUCCAGUUGAUGACGUUAAAAAAAGAAAGUCCUCAUUUUCAUUUGCCGAAAUGGCCCGACGCACUCCAAAACCAUAACCUUUAGGUGUGUCCUUGUUUAACGUCCCGAGACAGUGACGUGAUGGGAAAUGGGGAUUAUUCUGGGAAUCUCCCAGAAGGAAAUUAUUUUGAGAAUCUCUCCAGAAGGGAAUCGUGAAUUAUUUUGGCAGUCUCUCUAGAAGGGGAUCAUUUUGGGGAAUCUCUUCAGAAGAGAAUUAUUUUUGGAAUCUCUUCAGAAGGGAAUUAUUUUGGGAAUCUCUCUGCUGGGUGCUUGACCCCAUCUGCAGUUAGUCUCAGGAAUUUGUUCUGUACUGGCCUGCCCACUUUUGGUGGGGACCAUGGGAGCAGGGGUGGUGGGGGGGUGUGGUGGUGAGGCAGAGGAUGAGAAGGUAGAGUUUGAUUCCCUCAUCACUAGCCUGCCACUAAGGGAGGGAAAUUGCAAGAAGAAAAAGUGCCGUUGUCAACACAGGUUAUUUUGGCGGUGGGUGCUUGGGGGGGGGAGAAGCAGAAGGUGAGGUCACCCCUGAGCCCGUCCCCAUAGACCUGAGCGAAAGAUGCAGUCUUGCUUAGGUUUUCUGCUUUACCACGCCGUACUGCAUGACUGUGUCGUAGUUGUGUCUCCUGUCCCUGUUUUGUGCGACAAAAAUCCGGAGGGGCACUUUGAGUGCUUUAAGCCGGGACUCUGCCCCCCACCCUCCCCCGCCCUCUGUAUAUUUUGUAAAGUGGCCCUGAGUUAUUCAUGAACACCGUUUCAUUCUCUCCUGUAACUCUGUUCUCCAGUUGAUUGACCUGCACUAAUUUAUUGACCAGUUCGUCUGUCCGCACUUUUGUGAUGAUCUCUGAAUGGUUGUUUUUCUCCAUACUACUGAAUUAAUGUGUUAUUUAUUUGCUUGAAUAAUUAUGUGCGUUUUCAUUUGCGUUUCCUAUUCCUAAGUUCGCAUUCCCGGCAUCUGUGUGGUACAGAGGGGGGGCCUAGGCCUCUGCUCUCCCAGAGUGCAGUUUUUGAAGCCUGUUGUGUUUGUCAGCUCC